AUUCCAUCCUAUUGACUUGGGCAUGGAAACAGCCUAUGGGGAUCUCUGUGUGAAAACUUGUGGAAGCCAAUUAACAAUUACAACUUGAGAAGGAGGAACAGAAACAUCCUCCUGUGAUUUAUUUGUCCCUAAGUCUGGGCAGAGCUGCACUUCCCAACUCUUGUGAAGAGCUGGGCAAGGAUGGAUGGGACAUAAAUCAAAGCAGAAGUCCUGGAGCCUUAGUCACCAGUCUGAUGGGCUUUCAGUUCACACUUUACUCCCUGACACUUGAAUUGUUUCUGUACUGUUGACAAAGGAAAAAAUGGCCUCUACUCUAGGCCCACCGCCGCCGUACUACGAGAACAGGGGCUUCCAGCCAGAGCCCAUCUACGCUGCUAGGCAGGCAGCAGGUGCUAGUCCUUACCCACAGCUCUUCUCUCCAAGCGCUCCCUCCGUGCCAAGCUACGUCCCAAGGGUUGCCACCCACCAGUCCAGCAGGCCGGUAGCACACCCACCCAGGAGAAGCUGUGCAGCCAGUCUAAGGAAAACCAUAAUCAUAUUAUUAUCUAUAUUAAUAGUCAUUUGUUGUGCAAUUGCUGCUUUCUUCAUCUGGUAUUUUGUAGAGAAUCACUGUCUCAGCUCCCUGAUUGAGUGUGGCUCCUCAGGGGUGUGCAUGUCCCCCUCCCAGUGGUGUGAUGGAGUGAGCGACUGCCCCAACGGGGAGGACGAGAUGCGCUGUGUUAGACUUUUUGGACCAAAUUUUAUCCUGGAAGUUUAUUCACCUGUCAGCAAAUCCUGGUAUCCUGUUUGCCAAGAUGGCUGGAAUGAUGAUUAUGGGAAGAUUGCAUGCAAAGACAUGGGCUACAGCGUGGAUACGUAUUUCCACAGUCAAGGGGUAGUGCCUGAAGUCAGCUUUAAGAGCUACAUGAAGCUGAACACAAGUGCUGGGAACAUAGACUUGUACAAAAAGCUGUACAGCAGUGGUUCCUGUGCCUCAGGAAAAGUGGUUUCUCUGCGCUGCAUAGAGUGUGGCCUGUCCAGCAAGAGCGUGAGCAUCAUGAACAGGAUCGUGGGUGGCAGCGGGGCCGUGCUGGGGCAGUGGCCGUGGCAGGUCAGCCUGCACGUGCAGGGCACCCACGUCUGCGGGGGCUCCAUCAUCACCCGCCACUGGAUUGUCACAGCAGCACACUGUGUGGAAGGGCGAUUUUCUGACCCACAGAGCUGGAGGGUUUACGCUGGCAUUCUGAAUCAGGAUGAGAUGCUCUUUAGAAGUGGAUACAGAGUGCAACAGAUAAUUUCUCAUCCAGAUUAUGACACAGACUCUAAAGACAACGAUGUUGCCCUUAUGAAGCUGGAGACACCACUGAGUUUUACUGAAACUGUGAGGCCAGUUUGUCUGCCCAAUCCAGGAAUGAUGUUCCAGCCUAACCAGCAGUGCUGGAUAUCAGGGUGGGGAGCAGAGUACCAAGGAGGUAAAACAUCAAAUAACUUGAAUUUCGUUGCCGUGCCUUUAAUAGAACGUUCGAGGUGUAAUUCUGUUUAUAUCUACAAUGGCAUGAUUCUGCCUACAAUGAUCUGUGCUGGAGACCUAGCAGGGGGAAUUGAUUCCUGUCAGGGUGACAGUGGAGGUCCUCUGGUGACCCACCACCACUCUGUGUGGUGGCUGGUUGGAGAUACCAGCUGGGGCACUGGCUGUGCCACUCCCAACAAACCUGGAGUCUAUGGGAACAUGACUGUGUUUACAGACUGGAUUUAUAAAAAUAUGCAGGCAAACAGAUGACAACACUCUCCUUGCUCAUCGAUGUUCCUGAGUACAAGAAUUAAUGAAGCCAUGGGGGCCUGGGAUAUUUAUUCACUUUGCGGUUGAUUUCAUCUCUCCUCUUUGAUUUUUCUUUUUAAAAGUAACAUGAAGGAUUGCACACUUGGUUCUGUGCUGGCUACAGUGACGGAUCUUAAUCAGUGAAGGAUUAUCACAGUGAGCACCUUUCCUCUCCUUGUGGUGCCUGGCAGAGUCAUUCUGUGAACUGCUUGCUGAAAUUUCUCUCUUUUGUUGAGUAACUUUUGCUUGAUGAUCAGGCUUAUAAUGACAAUUUAAAUCACGAUUUAAUUUCAGAUUUUCCUAGCAGGAUGCUGAGACAGUUGGUUUAGUAGUUUUUAAAUUAAAUGUUAAGCAAUGUGAAUGUUGAAUCUCCGAGCUGCUGGUUGGCAAUUUAAAAGGAAAUGAAUGUUUUUUUUAGUAUAGAAUUACAAAAUGGUUUGGGUUGGAAGGGACCUUAAGGAUCAUCCAGUUCCAACCCCUCUGCCAUGGGCAGGGACACCUCCCAGUAUCCCAGGUUGCUCAGAGCCCCAUCCAGCCUGGCAUUAAACACUUCCAGGGAUGGACCAUCCUCAGCUUCCCUGGGCAACCUGUUCCAGUGCCUCACUAUCCUCACAGGGAAGAACUUCUUCCUAAAAUCUAAUGUAAAUGUACCCUCUUUCAGUCUGAUGUCACUGCCCCUUGUCCUUUCACUCCAUGUCCUUGUCCAAAGUCCCUCUCCAGCUUUCUUGUAAGCCCAUUAGGGACUGGAAAAGGUGCUGAGGUCUCCCCAGAGCCUUCUCCAGGCUGAACAACCCCAGCUCUCUCAGCCUGUCUCCAUAGCAGAGGUGCUCCAGCCUUUGGAGCUCCUUUGUGGCUCUGGACUCGCUCCAACAGGUCCAUGUUGGAGAUCCCAGAGCUGGAUGCAGGAUUCCAGGUGGGGUCUCAGGAGAGUAGAGGGUGAGGGAUAUAUAUGAAGGGAACUUUUCAUGCACUACAGUCCAGGCACAGAAAAUAAAAUAAAUGUAUAUAUAUACUGUAUAUUCAGGUAGUUAAAAAUCCUCAGGAUCUCAACACAGCCGUCAAUCAAAGCCAGGCUUUGCAGUCUGGCUGCCUCAGACCUUACAAAAAGUGCUGUUCUGCCUUAAGCUGCUCUGAACCCAAAGUGGGCACUUUGUGGAUGUGGGAUUUGGGCAGGGAUGUCCCAGAGCUGCAGCAGGAGCAGUCUCAGUGCUGAGGUCCCUGGCUGAGCACACUGAAGGUGACUCUGGAGCUGUCCCUGCUGUGAAAGGCAAAGGGCAAAUGUUUGCAGGCAGGCUGUGCUGCCCCUGGAGCUGCACACACAGCCACACACACAGACUGGAUGUUUUGUACAAGGAAACACAAAGCUGCGUUUCUGCAGGACGAGAUGAACUACCUCAUUUGUUAAAUUUGGCUUCUGAUUCCUUACAGCUCUCCUUUACGUGUCUGCCUGGAUGUUUUUAGCAAAAUGUUAAUUCCAAUCUGAGUGCCACCUGAAUGAGGGUUUUGAAAAUAAUUUAUAAUCGUGGUAGAGGAUCAAAAAGCCAUAUCAAGUCACUUUGUUAAGAAGGAUAAAUCUUUAUUGAAUGAAAUUACUCCACUAGUCUUGUUUUCUCUUUUGGUACUGAAAUGCAAUUAUCUUACAUGUAAAC